CUGUGUAUGUAUACCUACCUAGGUAUGAUUUAAGUAUUGCGAAGGCCCGACAAGGUUUUUCGUCUAACCGACCUCUCUGUCAUUAUUGCAUAGGAGCGGAUGUCCACUAUAUUGAAAAUUCUCUAUACAUGUUAUGUUGUCUUAGAUGAUAGACAACACUUUCUCUCAAGCAUCUUCGCAUUCACUCGUUGGCUCUCAUUCUUUACGGGCUUUAUUUUUGUUAAUUCCGUGCACUUCACUAUCGCUUUUUUUUUUUAUCAAACAGCAUUUCUCCCCCUCUAAAGCAUUUGUCUUCUUUUGUUUCGUAUUUAUCGUGAAAUCCUGAUAAUAUUUGCAUAAACUUACCAGAAU